AUGGCCGACAUGAAAACGGGCAUCUUCGCCAAAAACGUCCAGAAACGGCUGAACAGGGCGCAGGAGAAGGUACUUCAAAAGCUAGGGAAAGCUGAUGAAACAAAAGAUGAACAGUUUGAAGAAUAUGUUCAAAACUUCAAACGACAAGAGGCGGAAGGUUCCAGGCUCCAGAGAGAGCUACGAGGAUAUUUAGCUGCCAUCAAAGGCAUGCAAGAGGCCUCUAAGAAGCUUACAGAGUCUCUUCAUGAAGUAUAUGAGCCCGAAUGGUACGGCCGGGAAGAUGUGAAAAUGGUUGGAGAGAAAUGUGAUGUGCUCUGGGAAGACUUUCAUCAAAAGCUGGUGGAUGGAUCAUUGCUGACCUUGGAUACAUACCUGGGACAGUUUCCUGAUAUCAAAACUCGCAUUGCAAAGCGAAGCAGAAAGCUGGUGGACUAUGACAGUGCAAGACAUCACUUGGAAGCCUUGCAGAGCUCAAAAAGAAGAGAUGAAAGCAGAAUUACAAAGGCAGAAGAAGAGUUUCAAAAAGCACAGAAAGUGUUUGAAGACUUUAAUAUUGAUUUACAAGAAGAGCUGCCAUCUCUAUGGUCAAGACGAGUUGGCUUCUAUGUGAACACUUUCAAAAAUAUAUCCAGCCUUGAAGCCAAGUUUCACAAGGAAAUAGCUUUGCUAUGCCACAAACUGUAUGAGGUGAUUACCAAGUUGGGAGAUCAGCAUGCUGACAAGGCCUUUACCAUCCAAGGAGCACCCAGUGACUCAGGUCCACUCCGCAUUGCGAAAACACCAUCGCCCCCUGAGGAGGCUUCUCCCCUGCCUAGCCCUUCAUCUAGUCCCAAUCAUACACUGGCACCUGUUUCAUCUCCUGCACCAGCUCGGCCUAAAUCACCUUCACAGUUGAGGAAAGGGCCUCCUGUCCCACCGAUGCCUAAACUCACACCCACAAAGGAGCUGCAGCAGGAGAAUAUCAUCAGCUUCUUUGAGGACAACUUUGUACCAGAAAUCAGUGUGACGACUCCUUCACAGAAUGAAGCUCCCGAAGCUAAGAAAGAGGAAUGUUUGCUAGAUCUGGACUUUGACCCUUUCAAGCCAGAAGUGGUAUCAACAGGAAUAACCCUAACCCACUCACCCAUGUCUCAGACAUUGCCCUGGGAUUUAUGGACGACAAGCAGUGAACUGGUGCAGCCGGCAUCCGGCAGCACAUUUAAUGGAUUCACACAGGACACUUCUCUAUUCACAGUGCAAUCCAAUCAGAAUGUGGUAGAUAACUUGGUAACUCGGACUGCUGCGGAAGAAGCGCCAUCUUUGGAACCCCAGGCUGAAGAACCCCCUGCGCCUGUUGCUGCCGCUGCCGCUGUUCCUGAACAGGAAGCUCUGCCUGCUGAGCCUAGUGAGCCAGCAGAGGAAGCUGUGCAGGAGACUGUCACAGCAGGUGAAAAAGAGACAACUGGGAUUGCUGAGGAAGGGAGUGAGAUGGUAGCUAUAACUGAAGAUGCAGGUGCAGUUGAAAAUGCUGUUGUAACUGAAGCCAGUGAAGGUGCUGCUGCAGCUGUAACAGCUGAUGAAGGUGACAAACCUAAAAUAGAAGAGAAGGAAGCAGUGGUGGCUCAGGAGAAAGUCAGCAGCAUCCCUUCACUAGUAAUAGAGCCAGCAUCAAACAACGAAGGGGAGGGAGAGGAGCAUGAAGUCAUAGUGAAUGAAUCCGAAGAUGUUGUGAAAGACGUUGGCACUCAGGGCAUUGAAAGUGAUGCCAGUGAACCUUCCCAGGUUGUAAGUGAGCAGAAAACCAUUGAAGAAAUCCAAACUACAUCCUCUGAAGAACAGCCUGUGUCAGCGGAUGAUGCAGCCCGUGGAAUGCCACCUGGCUUUCUCUUUAAGGUUGAAGCACUACAUGAUUUUGAGGCCGCUAAUACUGACGAACUUAACUUAAAACGAGGAGAUACUGUACUAGUAAUCCCUUCUGAGGCCACAGAUGACCAGGAGGCUGGCUGGCUGACAGGCAUUAAAGAAUCAGAUUGGCUGCAGUACAGAGAUGCAGUAACCUAUAAGGGACUUUUCCCAGAGAACUUCACAAAGCCCUUGGAGUAGUUCUCAGCUCAGGCAUAACAGUGUUAUAAGAAGCUCAGUCGGUAGGUUUUUAAAUCUCUUUGAAACACAGGAACCCACUUUUGUAGUUAAACUGCUAAUGG